AUGCUUUCUGCCAAUGAUGAUCCAACAUGUGAGUUGAACAAUAAAAAAUGCAAUCUUUACCAAGAAAAUAAAGUCGUGAAUAAUUGUUAUAGAUAUAGGAGAUAUGAAAAGCAUCCUCAUGCUAUUAGAUUCGUUUUUGCGUGGAUGCUUAUAGCACAAGUACUUAGGAACUACGACACAGGAGCAUUACCAGUUCUUCUUGGAUUGAUUUCCGAUGAAUUUGGAUUGGACGAAAUGAAACUCGGAGUUUUAGGUGCAGUACCGUAUGUUUCUGCAAUGGCAACUGCAUUUAUUAUGAAUCACCCCCUUCAAAAAUAUAGCCAAAAAUGGAUAAUAGUUACUUCUCUAUUUUUUUUAUCUUUUGGACUUGCUUUACUAUUAUCUUCUACUUCAAGUACAUUGUUAUAUAUUUCAAGGAUUAUAAUGGGAUCUAUGCAAGCACCUUUGAGCAUUUAUAUUCCGGUUUGGGUCGAUGAAUUUACACCUCCAAACAAACUUACGGCAUGGAUGGGGGCAUCACAAGUAACUAUGAUCAUUGGUGUUGCUAUUGGAUAUUUGAUUACUGGAUUUACUUUGAAUUACCAUAAUGGAUGGAGAUAUUCCUUGCUUGUUCCAUGUUUAUUACUAUUAUUAAUGUCGAUUUGUCUAAUGUUCACUAAAAGUGAAUACUUUAAUGUCAAAUAUUCGAGCCAUGAAAGCAAUGAUUUAGAAAUAGAAAUGGGCGAAGGGAAAAUGAAUUCCAGUAAAAUAAUCGGAUUAGAUAGGCAUAUUAAAGAUGAUGCAGUGAUUCAAUACUCAAUCCCUUCUUCAUGUUCAACUGAACUUGUUGAAAGUCCUUGCAACUCGAUUGCUAUAUCAACAAAGUUUAUUACCGUAGACAAAUUGCAAGAAAAUACCUCGAAUAUAAAUAAUAUCUCUUCUUUUUCUUUUGAUGCUCGAGUUCGGAAAAUUUCGAAUGAUUUUUCUGCCGAAAUGAAGCCAAUGAACGGAAAAAGUAAUUCAAAUAAUUUAAACGAUUUGCAAAAUGACGUUCCAAUAAAAAAACCAAUUAUUCAGCCAACACUUACAACACAUUAUAUUUCUAUUUCGAGGUCACUUUCCCUUUCAGAAUUUGCAAAUGGAAUGCCUCAGAACACACAACUUACAAAUUCCGGUAAUGUUAUGUUUAAACAAGAAACUUUUGCAAAUUCAUUGUGCGAAGACGAACUGGGACUAGAAAAUUCAAAAUCCAGUACUUUUAAGAAAUUAAUUGCAUAUAAAAAAUGGAAAUGUUUACUAGCAAAUUCAACCUAUAUGCUUUCAAUCACCAUUUUAUCUGUUAUUUAUUAUGUAGUGACUGCUGUACAGUUUUGGACAACAAGAUAUUUGCAGCAAAUAUAUACAACUAGAGACGGAAUUAUUUUUAUGUCAUUUUCUGCGACUGCUGUGAUCGCACCUACAACGGGGAUUAUAUUUUCUGGCUUUAUGAUUGACUUCAUCGGAGGAUACAAGAGCAAUCGUGGAUUAUUUUACACCAUGCUUUUUUGUAUGAUAUCUGCAACUUUCGCAACACUAUUCGGCGUACUUGCACUUAUCAUCGAUAAUUUUACCGUUACAAUUGCUGGAAUAUGGGGUUUGUUGUUUUUUGGAUCAUUUCUUGUUCCGCCCAUCACCGGUAUCAGUGUCGGAGUUGUUGAACCAAAAAUACGGCAAUUUGCAACAACGGUUGCAAUGGUCACAUAUCACGUGUUUGGUUUCGCCCUUGGAAGCCUUUUACCAGGUGCAGUAUUACAAUUAACAGGUAUAACUAGAUCAGGAAUGACUAUAGUUUAUGGUUUCUCAGGAUUAGGUGUAAUAGCCAAUUUUUUCGCAUGUAUUAUUGCAUACAAAAAACUUUGUGCAUCAAAAGAAAGCACAUAUUCAUAG